CAAGAAAUCAUGGAGAAGGAGGUCAAGAAGGAAAGGGAUGCAGAAGUCAAGCACGAGAUCUGCAAUGAGGCCACCAGGCAGGCAAGCAAGGAAGAACAUGCAUCCAAUGCAGACGGCCAGCACACAACGAGGGCAGUAAAGCCAGAGGUGCCUCCUGUGAUGAAACACGUGAAGCAAGAGAUGAGAGGGCAGGCCAGCAGGAAGGCACAGGGCAGCAUCAAAGACGAACUGCAGAAGCACGAGCCGAAUGAAGUGAAGCGCGAGGUCAAGUCGGAAGUAAAUGAGCAGGUGAAGCAGCACGCGAAAAAAGAGGUCAAGGAGGAGGAGCCAGGAAGGGCGAAACAGGAGAUCAAAAAGGAAGUGAAGCUGGAGGUGAAGACGGAGGAGUCCUCGCACGGCUCCAGCGCUACAACAAACCACUCGACUGGAGUAAAGCGCGAGACCCCCGGAGGUGCGGCCAUCCGUGUGAAGCAGGAAGAAGACGCCGAAGGCCAGGGUCUGACGAAACGACGACGCAUGAGCCAGAAGGGGCCGGACUUGUCACUUCCGUCCUUUGAGUCGCAGCUGCCAGUGUGGGCGGAGAAAUGCCUAGCAUUUCAGAUCUCUGGCAAAACGUGGCUGCCAACCAAGCCCUGCUGCCCGGCAAGCUUGUUUGUCGGUCUCGGGAGGGCUCCGUGGCAAGAGAGCGAGGAAGUGCACCCAAAGCCGUGCGCUCAGCGUCUAGGCAAAGCUCAGCUCCGUGAGUUCCGUGCCUUCUUCCGCGAGCAGCCGCACCAUGCGCUCUUCAAGAGCAUUACCGGUCCACAAGAGAAGGCCUCCAGGCCCAAACCUCUGAGCUCAAAGCCCCCUCUCGGAAAGCCAGCUGCUGGCUCGAGAUGGGCGUGUUACAAGAUGUGGCCCUGGAUGCGUGACCUUCCCACAAGGCUGUGGAUGGGCAAUGGCUGGAUCAUGGAAGAGGAUGGCAUGCGUAAGUUGGAGCCCUCCGAGCCCGGGGGCGCGAUGCCAGGCAUCCAGAUCUUCGAGUCCGUAGGCACCGCCGUGGACGAGUCUCAGGACGGCUCUGAGGUGCACGCAGCCGAGCCAGGCCAGGCCACCAACAGGAGCUUCAGGGGCCUGGAGCGGCAGAGUGGUGUUCGAGGCAUAUGCUGGAACAGGCAGAUGGCAUGUUGGAGGAUAUCAGUGCAACAAGCUGGCAAGCGAAAACAUAUCCAAUUCUUCAUCGCUCCGUUCCUGAAGAAAGGCCUCAGCGAGGACGAGGCCGUGGAGGCUGCGCUGCGCGAAGCCAAAGCUCACCGUGAGGAGCUGGUGCGCAAGGGCGUCCUCAAGCCACCGAAGACCAAGGCCGUGAACCCAGAGCAGGGGAAGCCCUCAACCGUGAGGGGAGCGUAUUUUGAUAAGGAUGCUCAGAAGUGGCGGGUGAAAUUGGUUGACCCCACCACAAAGAAGCGGCACCAAACCUGCUUCUUCGCUACUCAGGAGGAGGCCGAGCUCAAGGCCCGGGAGCUUGCCAAGGAGCUGGGCCUCAAGGAGGAGCUGAUCCCGGUGAAGCAUCUCUCCGAGCUGAAGCACUUCGA